GCUUGUUUGAUUAGAAAAUUAUAGAUUUACUCUCUUUCUUCCAGUAUGCAAGCCCUAUGAACCUUCCUCAAAUAAUGUCUUCAAAUAAUUUUGAAUCUAAACUAUAAUAUUAAUCGUGAUUUAAUUAGUUUUAUUCUGACUUAAUUUAUUUCAUUUUAGGAACAAUUUACAUAAUCCCUGGAAACAAGAACCCUAAAAUUAUCCUGGAUUCUUAUAUAUACGUUAUCCACGAAAAGAGCCAAAAUAAAACGAGAUGGCGCUGUAAUCAGUACUCGAAAGCUAAAAGCAGCUGUAAAGCCGCCUUGAUGACUUCAGGUCGUGUCGUUUAUUUAAUGCAUUGGCACAAUCACCCACCAGAACCGGAACGAAUAUCUUUAGAUGCUGCAGUACCUCAGAAUGUUGCUAGGAAAAGACUCAAGUGAUUGAAUUUUUUUACAAACUUUACUUUAUGUUUUACCUACGUUUUACGUUUCAAACUUUACUUCACGUUUUUUUUAAGAUUACAUGUUUUGUUUGGAAUAAGAUCCUAAUAAACUAUAUAGACUCUUGGAAGGGUGCUUCUAUCGUUUUUAUAUUUAUCAUUUGAUGAUUAUUGCAUUUACUUUCUAAUGCUGCAUUGAAGUUUUGUAUGUUUUUAUUUUUUCAAAAUUUAUACAUUUUCUAGUUGGGACAAUGUACUUGAUUUAUGGCAGAAAACACCCGCAAAUUGUCUUGGACUCUUACAUCUUUAACGUGCAAAGGACAUCAGGCACUAAGAGUCGCUGGCGCUGUAAAAGAUCUGUACGAAGCCUGGGAAGUUGUAAAGCGUUUCUAGUUAUUUCUGGAAAAUGGGUGCAUGCCUCAGAAAGUCACAAUCAUCCUUGCGAGGAUUUAUCAUUGAAAAUUGCUAUUCCCCAAAGCAUAAUGUUAAAAAGAGUUGAAUAAUAGUGAUGAACUACAUUUAUCAUAAUAUAACUAGUUUCGAAUAUAUUGUGUAAUCUUUUCAUCAAAAAUUAUGGAAAUUAUUUUUAUUCUCGAUUAUAACUGGAAAUACCUAAGGUAGGCAUAGGAAGUUAUGAAGACAAGUUACUUGGAAUUGAAGCCGAAAUUCAAAAAGGUGAAAAUAUACAGGAGUCAUUUAAAAAACGUAACUUUGGGUCACCCCUUGUAGUGGAGAAGUUAAAAAUGUACCACUUAUGUUUAUCUUCAAGUUUCGUAUUAACAUUUUUUUUUUUCGCCUUCAUUAGUCUAGGAGAUAUGAACCACCCCGUGUUCAAUAACGCGUCUCCUGAUUUAUUGUACUAAUACUAUUAUAUUUCACUUCAAUAGUAUAAUAGAUACACUAAAGAGGCGCUUUAUGUCCGCGAAAACAAUAAACAAAUUGACAAUGAAGUCGCACAUAUAAAUAAUUAACCUUGAGUAGUGACGUGUAGUUGACC